GCAAUAUUUUUUACUGGAUGCGGCAUGCGUUUUGAAGAAUAAUGAGCUUUGGUCGGACCGUGUACGAUUUUUUUGGCGCCCACAGGAAUUUUUCGCCCAGGACAGGUUGGAGGUCUAAAAUCGCCGCCUUGGCGAAAAUUAAAAAACUGAAAUAUACGUUUGCAUAUCCGGACCCUCUAUAUGGGAUUGGUGAAGGGAUUGGUGAAGAAGCCAUCCAUUCGAGAAUAUUGGAGUACUGAUGAGUUAAUUCAGACUCCGUUCUUUCCAACCAUGAUGUCUCGAAAUCGGUAUGAUGAAAUGAGAUACCAUUGAUAUUUCACAUACAUAAAUAAAAUACAUACAUGCAUAAAUUCAACUUUACAGAUUUCAAGGCAUCCUUAGAGCUUUGCAUUUUUCUAAUAAUGAGAAUAACACUGGAAGAGAUCGUUUUUGCAAACUGGGCACCUUCAUGAAGGAUAUUUUGGCCAAUUUCUCGAGUGCUGUAAUACCAGGCAAAAAUAUUUGCAUCGACGAAACUCUUCUCGCGUACAAAGGACGAUUGUCAUUCCGCCAGUAUAAUCCGAAAAAGCGAGGCCGGUUCGGGAUCAAAAUGUUCGUUUUAUGUGAUUGUGCCCUGAAGUUCGUCCUGAAUAUCUUGCCGUACCAAGGGAAAUCUACUCCUCUUGCCGAUCGUAGCUGGCUGAAGGACCUCGGUUUUGGUGGCGCAACAGUACUCACUCUACUGCAAGGUUAUCUAAACAAAGCUUAUCAUGUCGUUGUGGACAAUUGGUUUCUGGGACCGAAGUUGGCUAAAAUAAUGCUCGCCGAAAAGACCUAUGUACUGGGGACAGUACAACGACGACGUAAAGGCAUGCCAAAGAUGAGAGGGAAACUACCCAAAGGACACGUCCAAACUUUUUGCGAUGACGAAAUUUUGGUUGAACGCUGGAGUGAUCGGAGGGAGGUAUGCAUGUUGAAUACAUUUAUGCCCCAUUCCAUGCGAAUUGCUGAGUCGUCCAAUCCGAAGAACACCAGGGAGAAACCAGCAACGGUGCUACUGUACAAUUCGAUAAUGGGAGCUGUCGAUAAUGUUGACAAAACUAUCAAGCCCUACCAGUCCGUUCGGAAAUCGUACAAGUGGUAUAAGAAGGUGGUGUUUAAUAUGAUCGAUGUAGCAACCUAUAACAGUAUGAUACUGUAUAACCACUUGCAUGCUGACCAAAGAGCUGUCCCGUACAAGGAAUUUGUCAUGAAGAUCGUUAGAGAAAUUCAAGAAAAAUAUCCCACCCUCAAGAAACCAAUUGGAAGACCUCCAAUAGUACCACGAAAUGAAAAUCCAGCCUUGCCACUUCGUUUGAAUCCUAGUCAUCAUAUUGCGGUCAAACACUUGGAUAAAAAUGGCACACCAGCUUACUCUGACUGCAUAUACUGCAAACACCACGCCGAGUACUCUCCGAAACGCAAGACGACCCCUUUCAGCUGCGAGAUUUGUAAGGUUCGACUUUGCAUUCAAGGAGGGACAUCUUGUUUCAAACGGUACCACUCUGAUAAAAAACUAAAGAAAAUCUCAAUCACUCCACAAAAUACUCAGAGUCAGCCCCACACUCAAAUAUCGCAACCACGACUUCCCGAAGACAUUGAUACACUCGGCCCAAAUGCAGUUCAAUUUAUUUUAAGUCCCAAUCAUGAAAUCGUAGUAUUUGAUGAAGAUGGAAAUCUGUUCACUGGUGCUCAAUUUUCGGACGAAUCAUCCUUGCCACCCAUUUAAAUUAAAUAUUUUUCAUAAUUAUAUUUACUCAUGAAUCGUAGUAGUUUUUGUUGAAUAUUAUUGCAUGUGAUAAUAUGAACAUAUUCCGUUGGGUUUUAGUUGAAAAUAAAAUUCGGGUCCGCGAGGUCGGAGAAUAUUCAUCAGCUUGGGUGCGUGAGGACAAUUUACUGACAAUUAUUCGGGCCUGAAGGAUAUUUAAUUGGAAAUUAAUUAGGGACUUAGUGAUACGAUUUUUCUUGACAAAAUUUUUUACAUGGGAUCCUAAACACGAUUGCUUGACAUUUAGUAUCUAGGUAACUCUUGUGUCUUUUAACGGUUGCGACAAAUGGUGGAGUUACAAAUAAAAUAAUUAUUUUUUAAAUCGUUGGUACACGUCCCAUGGUCGUGUGUACCAACGACUUUGACCUUUAAUAACUUUUGAA